AUGGAAAUGAGUGCAGACGACGAAGCAAAGUCACUACAAGUCGCAACGAGUCAUACCUGCGGAGCGAACGAUGAUGAGGGCGACCGAGACGGAGAGGCGACGCGACGCGGCGCGGCGCGAACGCAAAUACAAACGCUUGCGUGCUUGUCGUUGCAGCAUGACAUGCGGCAGGAGCGGUGCCCGGACCGGACCUGGAUGAGUGUGGAUCUAGUCAUGAGCCAAAAUCUGCAUGGACUCGACCCACAAUCAUCCGCGUCGUCGGAUCGGUGCUUGACUGCAUCACUGCUUGACUGCUUCACGGUAAACGGAAGCGAGUUGCGCGACGAGGACACAACUCGGCGAAGUCACCGCGACGGGACGGCGACACAAACUACUAACUGA